AUGGCGGACACGACGCAGAAUCCACUCAACCUCCAUGGCUCCGACAAUCCUGGUAUAAUGCUCGUAAUUCAUCAAUUAGCUGGCAAUAACUUUCUAUCUUGGAAGAGAUCGAUGAUCAUUGCGCUCCGAGCAAAAACCAAAUAUGGAUUUGUGAAUGGCGAUAUUCCUCAACCCGAUGAGAACGAUGAAGGAUAUGCUAACUGGAAGAAGGUGGAUUGCAUGGUGCUAUCGUGGAUCCUCAAUUCUUUGUCAAAGAAAAUAGGAGAAUCAUUCCUAUAUGCAGACACGACCAAGGAGCUAUGGGAGGACAUAUGCCAGAGAUUUGGGGAAAACAACGGCCCGAUGAGGUACAAAAUUCAGAGAGAAAUCUCAACCCUAACUCAAGGAAAUAGCACUGUUAUGGAAUAUUUCAAUAAGCUCAAGAAAUUAUGGAAUGAAUAUGCAUGUGUAGUUCCACUGCAAAUAUGUAGUGAAAAAGGGAAGUUAAUUGCAAAGCAGUAUGCUAAGACGAAGUUAAUUCAAUUUCUUAUGGGACUCAACGAUGUUUAUGAUAAUGUCAAAAAUCAGAUCAUGUUGAUUGAUCCUCUACCCUCAGUGAACAAAGCAUACUCCGUGCUCCUUACAACUGAAAGGCAAAUAACAAUCCAAAAUGAAUAUGGAGGAAAGCUAGAUAAUGUUGUUAUGGUAGCUAAAUCAGAGACAUAUGGCAAGGGUUCCUGUGGUUUAGGCAGAGGUGGAAACAAUGGAGGUAGAGGAUGGCAAUCAGGAGGAAGAGGCAGAGGAGCAGCAUACAUCAUCAAUAGGGUGCCUUCCCAAUUAUUGGAAUGGAAAACACCUUAUGAGAUAUUACGUGGAGAUGUGACUGACUACAAGAGAAUGAAGCCAUUUGGGUGUCUUGCCUACGUAGCUAAUAUCCAUCCUCAUAGAUCCAAAUUGGAUGCAAGAAGCAGCAAGUGCUUAUUCUUGGGUUAUGCUGCAGGGAAAAAGGGUUACCAGUUAUAUGAUAUGGAAGAUGAUAAGCUUGUUACCAGCAGGGAUGUUGUGUUUAUUGAAGACACAUACCCUUUUCAGAACCAAAACACACCAGCACCAACUACCUUACCACUCAGUGUACCUGACUUACACAAUGAUGCAGAUGUACAACCACAAAGUAAUGUAGACCAACAUUUGCCUGAGAAAAUUGAUCAGGACUUGAGAAAAAAAUCACAGAACUAG